AUGGCUCCCCAUAUUGUCCCGAAAGCAGGCAGCGUGCCAGCUAUUUCUCGCGAUGCCCGACAAGCUUUUCAAACACUCAAAGCAGGCGGAGCUGUCGUUGUCCCCACCGACGUGGGCUAUGCGCUCCUGGCCAGCACGCAAGCCGGCGUUCAGAAGAUCUUUACGGCCAAAGGCCGCGAAAAGAGCCACAACAUUGGCAUCAUCGGGACGUACCAGCAGCACCGAGAGAUUCACGUGCUGCCAGACAUCAAGUUUGAGUUUACCCGGGCCUUGACGGAAGAUAUGGGCAUGAUCGUUGGAAUCAUUGCCAAAUUUGAUGUCGUCAACCUUCACCCGCGACUGGCAGCACUGGAUAAGGCCACACUCGUCCAAGUCACAAAAGGAGACACGGUCAGCAUCGCAAUACCGGAGGGGCCUUUUCUGCGGGAGCUUGGUAGGCUCUGUGAUGCCGACCCGGACGGCAUGCUGAUGUUUGGGACCUCUGCGAACGCCACUGGACAAGGGCAGCGGUUUCGUAUCGAGGACAUCGAGCCAUCCGUGCUUGACCCCGUCGAUUUGGUGAUCGAUUACGGCUUGCAAAAAUGGCACACGUAUGGUUGCGGUGGCAUCAACUUUGAUGUCGAAAACAUGCGCGUCCUGCGGGCGGGUGCUGGAUACGAAGUAUUCAAGGACAGGGCCAAGAGAUGGUUCCCUCAGUUGCUGGAGACGACGGGUGCGGUUCUUGAAUAG